UUUUCGAAUUUCAGGAGAAGAUUGUGAUUAUUGUGAUUCAUCGCCAUCAUCUGACGUCUGCCAUUUCCAAGUCUUUCUCAAACACUCCAAACUAAAUCUCUCGAAAAUGUUUGGUGGCUUAUCUUCCAAUAAUUCUCAGGAGAUUGGUGAUUCGAUUCCUGGGCACUCCCAGUCCACCCAGCUGUAAAUGGGUAACCAAGUUUACAACUUGGGGAAAUGAAUGUGGUCAACUGUAGUACCGGCCAUGCUGCCUCCUUGUGUACUGAAGGCUUAAUAUACAGAGUGCUGUAUCCUCACUGUCCCUAAUGGGCAGUCAUGCCUAUGGGACCCACUUUCACUUUUCAUUGUACCUACCCUAAUAUCACAAUCGUCCUGAACUGUAUGAAGAAGUAAAGCUGUACACUAAUGCCCGGGAAAGAGAGAAGUAUGAUAAUCUUGCUGAACUCUAUGCUGUCAUGAAUACACUACAGUCUUUGGAGAAGAUGUACAUUAAGGAUGUGGUUCCACCCAAGGAGUAUACAGCUUGGUGCAGUAAAUUGCUUGUGCAGUAUAAAGCCGCCUUUAAACUGGUGCAAUGUGAUGAAUAUUCCACAGUUGAAGCCUUUGUGAAAAAAUAUAAGCUUGAUUGUACAGCAGCUCUAGACCGCAUCCGUGAAGAUCGCCCAAUCACCAUCAAGGAUGAUAAAGGCAAUACCAGCAAGUGUAUUGCUGACAUUGUAUCUUUAUUCAUCACAGUAAUGGACAAACUCCGGCUGGGUAUCAAUGCUAAUGAUGAACUGCAACCAGACUUGAAGGAUCUUCUGGAAAAUAUGACACGACUUUCUCUAAUAGCACAGGAUUUUGAAGGUCGAACUAAGGUCAAGGAAUGGAUUGGGACUCUUGAGGGUAUGACUGCAGAUGAGACAUUAUCAGAAACUCAAGUGCGGCAAAUGAUCUUUGAUUUGGAAUCUGCUUAUAAUGCAUUUAACCGUCUCCUACAGCACACCUAAGUUUGCGUUGUCGUAUAGGAAAAGCUAUUUGGGUUUUAUUGUUUUCACAACUUGUAAAAUUCAUAGUCAUUGUUCAUUCAUUAUUGUCAUUUGAUAUACUGUACAUGUACUACAGUAUUUAUGUAUUAUGCAGGUAAUCACUGGGAAACAAACACAAAAAGAUAUGGGAAUUUUUUAAAGGAUAUUCUCCUCUUCAGUGAGUACAGUAUAAUUAUUGUGCUUGUUUCAGGAUGGUUACCUGUAUAUUAUAUGAAUAACAUGUUCCUUGUGAUUUUUUGUACUGCAUUACUCUGAAUCGGGAUAAUUGUCCAAUUAAGCAUUAAAGUGCAAUUUUUUAUGCUAGAUAGGGGACAACUUUUUGUUUUUGUUGCUAUAACUGAAUGGACAUUGUUUCAUACUUGGUUCUAUAUAUGUUUAAAUUUUCUGUUUUAUUAAC